UCGCCACCACGCGCCUCUUUCCUUUUCCAAAAUGGCCGGCGGGGGCGCCGCAAAGCGCGAUGCGGGCGAUUCGGGGUUCCUGGGGUUCCGCUCCGUUUCCGUGGACCCCGGGGCCGCGAGGCGGCGCAAACGCGGCCCGCGGAACAAGAAGCGGGGCUGGCGGCGUCUGGCCGAGGAGCCGCUGGGGAAGGAGGUGGACACGUUCCUGGAGGACGUGCGGCUGCAAGAGCGCACGGCCGGGGGCCUGAUCGCGGAGACCCCCGAUGAAAACCUCUUCUUUGUGGACACCGGGCACAAGGAGAAAGACUUGAAGAUAAAUCAGGACCUGAAGAAGGCUUGGACGGACCGGGUUUUAGAAUCACAGUCCAAAGUACCUUCCCCAAAGAAAUCCUCACUGCAGCUUAGGGAAGGGGAGUCUUUGGCAGGGUCCCCCAGGGGGUCAAUGGGGUUAGACUCCAGCCCACGGCAGCUUCCUGUGCGCCUGCUGGUGAUUGAGGGUAUCCGUCUGCACACACUCAUCUCUUUCUUCUUCCCCUUUUUGCAGCGACCUCAGCGCCUACAGACCAAGCCCUCGCAGGCCCCAGCUGUGGAGGUGAUUCCUUCCGGAGGCUCUUACAAUCCUUCCUUCCAGGACCACCAGGCCCUGCUCCGGGAGGCCCACGAGGUGGAACUACAGAGGCAGAAGGUGGAAGAGAAGCUCAGCCGUCAGCUCGCCUUCCCCACUGUGGACAAGGCCCCCACCCAGGAAUCAGAGUUCAAGGAACUGUGUGAGGGGCUCCUGGAGGAGUCAGAUGGGGAGACCCCCGCAGAGCCCGAAGGAGAGGGGGAGGCAGAUUCCCAGACGCAGAGACCCCCAGGCCCUGAGAAGAAGACGGAGCAGCAGAGGAGGCGGGAGAAGGAGGCCCGCAAGCUGAAAGCCCAGCAGGCGGCCGAGCGGGCGGCCAAAAAGCGGCACCAGGAGGUGUUCCAGCUCCGGGGCAUCAGGCUGCAGGUGGCGCGGCGGCUGGCAGAGCUGGCACGGCGGCGAGAGAGGCGGAGACUGAAGCGGCUGGCAGAGGAUGAGAAACCUCGACGCCUGGGGAGACUAAAGUACCAGGCUCCGGACAUUGAUGUGCAGCUUAGCACCGAGCUGGCAGACUUGAGGAAGCUGAAGCCUGAGGGGAGCAUUCUGCGGGACCGAUUUAAGAGCUUCCAGCGCAGGAACAUGAUCGAGCCCAGGGAGAGAGCCAGGUUCAAGCGAAAAUACAAGGUCAAACUCGUGGAGAAGCGGUCCUUCCGGGAGUUCCCAUUGUAGCUGCAGCUCCUGGGAUUCCUGCCCUGCCUGGUCCCUCACGCGCCAUUAAAGUUCUUUGGUCUGUCUCUGCGUGC